UAUUUCAUUUGUCUAUUUCAGAGUUUCAGUAGCUGUCAUAGAGGAUUUGUGAUAUGAGAGGAUCAUUAGAACUACAAAAAAACCUUAAGCCUAGCUGAGUGAAAUUUUAACCUGUGUUGAUUUUUUUAAAAACCAUACUGUAUAGUAUGAACCAUACUUGAUUUAACUAAAAGAUAGUUGUAGUAAAGCCUAAAUCAGGGAGGAAUUAUUGUUUGGCAAAAUUGACAGGAGACAUUUGAAUAUUCAAUGACCUUUUGUCGGUAAUUGUCUGUCUCGGAAGUAAACCAUGCAGACUGAUUUUGUAUUCUUGUUGGGACUAGCUUGUUAAUUAAGAUAAGAUUUUAACAUUUUUGGUUAAACUAAAAAUAUUACAAUUUUGAGAAAAAAGCUAGGCUUCCACCUUCAUAAUGCUAGAUAAUUUUGACUUGCAUGCAAGUAAAGGUGACAACUGAUGAGGGUAAUUAAAUACUCUGUUUGUGGAAUAAAUAAACAAUUGCAGGGGAUUAAACUUUGAUAAGCAAUGAUGAGUUUACCAAGCAGACCUCCGUUGGAAUCUAAAGAUUCAAGUUUUGAUGACCCGCUGACAAUUAAUCCUUGGAAAGUUUUAGUGGACAACAUAUGUGAGAAUUUGGACAAAGAGCUCUAUUCCAAGUUUUUGUUUCACUCAAAAGAGCUUGUACUUGAUGACUAUAAUGCUCUAGAGAAGAAUGGUGAGAGAGAUGAAUACAGGCAAUAUUUUAGUAAACUGGAAGAUAAUCUUGGUGAAAAUGGGGCAGUAGAUCAUCUUGAGCAUCUUGUAAGACACCUUGGCUUGCAUGGUGGAAUGGGUGAAAUUAAUUACACAGAAUGGAUUAGCAGUUACAAGGAAGCAAAGAUAGAGUAUAUUCGGAAAUGUGAGAGUGUUCUGAAGAUAGAUCCUGACUUUAUUGGUAGAGAACUUAUUCUUGAGGAUACACUGAAAAAUUUCAGAGCCUUUAAAGGUGUUACAUUGUGUGGUAUAAGUGGAAUGGGAAAGACCAGUUUGGCUGCCCAGGUGUGUGCCCGACUUGCAUGCAGUAAACCAAAGUGGAGGAUCAUCAUCCUCAAUCAAAGAGAAAAAUCGGAACUCAACGACUUGUUGUUGGACAUGAUAUCAGAAUUGAGUGCAGAAUUAGAUGGGAAUGAGUACAUGCAGUUACUGUCAGAAACAAAUACCAACCAUCUAAAGAUCAGGUGUAACAAACUUAUAGAUGAGGUUCUUGAAAAACAACUAAAUAUACUGUUAUUGCUGGACAAUGUUGAUGGACAUUGUGAUGGAGAAGAUAGACAACAUGAUUUCUCUCAGUUUAUGAAGGAACUCCUAAACAACAUUCCUCUAAAAAGCAGC